AUGGAAGCCCUCAGACUUUCCUGUGGAGGUGAUGGCUCCGCGACGGGCGAACCCCCGAAAAUCAUCGGGCAGUGGACGACGUGGACCCAAACCAAAAGUGAGGUUGUCCGUGUGAAGCUCUGGGGCGCUGGAGGCAUGGGUGGGGCACCGGCUCGCCUGGUCCCAGAGGGAGGUUGCCAAGCACGACGGUUGCGUGGUCGUGGUAGGGGUCGCCGCGGUGGAUACAAAGGGCUUGGUACCCGAGCAGAUUUGAACAAUCAUGCCAACCAGAUGAAUCCCAACAACUGGCGCUACUGGUCCAGCCGUGGCUUACAACCGCCAUGGCGUGGUGGUGCAGUGACCGGCUACAACGCCGCUUAUCCGGCCGAUACACCUGUUGGUAUAGGCGUGCCCUACCGGCCAAGGCAGCCAGAGCAAACCACCCAGCAGCAAACACAGCCGACUCCGGAACGGACCAAGCAAGCCAGGAGGGGCUUGCCCGUGGCGGUGGCGCGGCGCUUCGCCAGGAUAGCGCGCUCUGCUGCCAGGAAGUGGGUGCCCAGGGAGAGGCGCUGGAAGGUGACAGACGAGGAUCCGGAUGUAGUCGGUCCUUGCGGGGAGCUUUGGCUUUGCGGUGGCGGUGGCGGUGGAGGUGCCUUCACGGACGAGUUGGUGAACCUCACGGCCGGGAAGAAAUAUGGCGUGGAGGUGCUUUGUUCAGGAUUUGGGCUGUCUGCAGAGUUUGGGUUCAAGAUUUCCGACCAUGGGUGGUGA